CACCCUUUAGUCAUCGUAAUUAUAGCUCCAGUAUUCCACGACCCUAGGCACUCUUUGAGAGCUGAUUGAUAAGACUUAUCAAGACAGGGUUCAAUGAAUGCAACCUGCUCAACCUAAUUAUCGACAACCGCCCUCCACCGCCGCUCAGGUCAAAGCUGACAAUGGCCAUGCCCGAGACUUCACGUCUGAAACAAACAGAGAUUCGAAUAACCAUUGGGGUCGAGUUUGGAAUUGAAUUCACGACUGUCACGUAUUUGUCAAUCUCCAGCUACAUCCUUGAGGGUCUAAAUCUAGCGAAUGGCAUAAGGGUAAUCCAGAACUGGCCCAAGACAGAAUCGCAGAAAGUUCCAAGCGAGAUAUCAUAUUCUCCAAGCCCAAGGGGGUGCCAUCAAUGGGGAUACGACAUUGACCAUAAUAGCCGAGUCCAGAAGUUCUUGAGAGCGGGUCUCGAUGCCACAAACAAGUUGAAAGAACUUGAAAGCUUCUCAGAGAAAGUGUAUGAUGCCGCGAGCUUCGAUUCCAAAGACUUUAUUGCCGGUGAUCUACCUCGACAUAUCGCAAAAACACCUGACUCCAUAAUCGAAGACUUUUUUGAACUCUUGAUCGAGAAAAUCCAUGACAAUAUAUGCAACGAGAUUGGCAGACUUGCGUUCGACAAAGUCCCAACUGAUCUCGUCUUUACUUAUCCUGCAGUGAGUCUUCUCUUAUGUGGUGGAACCAUUCUACUAGUCUAGGACCCUCUUAAUAAUCUAUGGCCUGUUGAUCUUGAGGUAAUGAUUAAUUACCCAUUGACAAUAGAUGUGGCCCGAGAGCACAACACGUCGCUAUUUCCGCAUUGUUGAGUCGGCGUUUAACCUCAAUUUGUUUCCAAAACGUCGCGAGAUCUACAUGGUCACUGAAUCGGAAGCAGCCGCAUUAUACUGCUUCUUUAAAGCGCAAUGUAAAGAUCACUUUCGGUUCCGGAAGCGGGUACGUGUGGCGUUAACGACACAGGCCCUGAUGAACCUUGAUGGCCCGCUAACGGCCUCCAUCGCAGGGAGAUGCAUUUAUAUUGUACUGUCACGUCAUAUGCUCUCGA